UAUUCUUUAAUUUGUUCCUCUCACGAUUGUAAAUAUGUAAUCAGUUAUAUUUAACUUCCUCUUGUUUAUAUUUCUGAUGGAAAAAAAGUUUAAAGAGCACUUCAGUAACCCAUCGAAUACAUGUUCUCGCAUAUAUUGUCAUACAUACGCUUGAGAAAAUUAUGGGGAUUUCUUACAAUAAGGCAAGUGGAGGAGAAAAAGAUUCUGUGGGAUUCAGUGAAAAUGACUAUGGCAGUUCGAAGCACAACAAAUCCGGAAGAACUACAGAUAGUCACCCAUGAACUUGCAUCAAUUCAAUUCAGAAGUCCUUCAUGUGAUCUAGUACAGAAUACAAAGGAUUACGUGAAGAAAUGUGCUCCAAUUUACAAUCUUGCAAUAAAAGGCGAUUGGAAGGAAGCAAGAACCAUGAUUGAUGCAGAUAGAAGGUUGGCGAGUGCUGCAAUCUCACAGGGAUGGGCCACACUACUUCAUGUGGCUGCGGAAGCAAAUCACUUUCAUUUUGUAGAGGAGUUGCUGAAACUACUGAGCGAAAAAGAUUUAGAACUUCAAGAUCACAAAGGUAACACUGCUUUCUGUUUUGCUGCUGCAGUUGGUAAUGUAAGAAUUGCAGAGGCUAUGUUAAGAAAAAAUAAGAGGUUGCCAACUAUGAGGGGUGGGGAAGGACUCACCCCACUUCACAUGGCUGCAUUGCAAGGAAAAAGUGAAAUGGCACGCUACCUCUACCCUCACACUGUCCAAAACCACCACCACAAGUUUGAUGAUGAAGAUUGGAAUUUAUUGUUCUUCUUUUCUAUCACCACCGGCAUUUAUGGUAUGUAUAUUGAUCCUUACUAUUGGACGUAA